UAGGAAAUGUUUGUGAGCCGUAAAACAUUGAGAGGAUUUCAUUAUUUUACAUGGAUUUUCUCCAACUUUAUAAUUGAUCAUGUUUUCUGUUUUUGUAGUUUUUGUAUUUCUCUCUUUCAUAGUACAAUGUGAGUUACUAUGUAAUUUUGAUUAGGUCUACUAACUGUGAACGCAGAAUUUUUAACGGCACCAGAGCACUUGGUGAACCAAAAUUUUUGGUAUAUUUUAUAAAAGCGCCGCAUUCACCAAAGAACUAUGUGGGAUGGAUAUGUGGCGGUGCCAUAAUUCAUCCAUUAUACGUACUAACGUCAGCUGCAUGUAUCAAUGAUGUGAGACAUGUAUUCGCCAUCGCUGGCUAUAAUAAGUAUGUAAAAACUGAAGAUAUGGACAAAGAUGAAUGCACCAAACGUACAAAGAAGAGAGUUGUCGCCAGGGCUUACCAAAAAGAUAUAAAUAAAACACCGAGUCAAAAACAUUGGAAUUCAAGAGACAUAAGCUUAGCGAAAGUGGAGUCACCGUAUAACUUCAGGGACCCUGUCUACACACGUUAUUGUUCGUACAUGCCCGCGUCAAUCAAAGUUAAUUUCAACCGAGACUUCGAAAUGCCAGGCACUGAAGUCAUCACCUAUGGGUGGGGACAUAAAAAUUACUUUCGACAGCGAGCAGAUCUCAAUGAUCAUAACGCAAGAUUCGCAAACUAUGCAUCAACGGUGGUGAUUGACAAGGAAUUAUGCAAGAAGAUGCUAGUUGGACAUUCCGAUUUACAACUAAACGUUGAAUAUUUCCUCAUCUGUACUGCUGGAGAGGGCAGUUUGGAUGAAAGUGGAAAGAUGAGUCAAGGUCCAGCUACUCCAAGGGCUUUCAAUGGCAGCACUCCUGGAAUAUAUCAGAGUGUAUGGUCACGUGAUAAUUUGAAUAAUCGUAAAACUAACCACACAGACUUCACCGACAUGAGAAGGCAUGGGCCGUGCCAGAACGAUCACGGCGGUCCCCUCGUCACUUGGAUUGGGGGUCGAGAGUACAUCAUAGGCGUCGCUACUGGCUUCCAAGUCAAUAAACAUAUGCAAUGCGUUGCUCCAUAUCUCUAUACAAGUACAUUUAGCAACGGGGAAUUUAUAUACUGCGUGUUAAGAAACACCCGACGUUCAUCACAAUGCGAUAUCCAAUCAGAGCAAAAAGGCUAUGAGAUUGUUGAAGAAGACAUUAGUUGGAACAUUACGAGUAACAUUGCCAGAAGUGCCCAUUUAGAAGAUAUGACCCCUGUGGUGGACAACACUAACGUUAAGAAAAAAACUAACAUCUCGGAACCUUGGAAAAACGACAACUACUUUUUGAACUUACGAGCUAGGAACCAUACAGAUGACAAAACAUAAGAAAUCCUUUGGUAAUAAUAUUUAAAACGAUUUUUCAACGACAUGAAAAUGUGUAAAUUUC